GCGGGACAGCCAUGGAGGACACUCUCACCUGCAGCCAUGCCACCUUCUCCCAGGUGUUCGGGCGCCAGGGACAGCUCAUGCAAGCCACGGUUCAGUCUCUCAACAGCCUGAACGACCAGAUUGCUCAGUUCAUGGUGACCAGACCUUGCAGCCUGGCUCACGAGGAGGAGGCGUUCGUUCCAGGAGAGAGGGACACCUUGAGGAAGUCCAUGACUCUGAUGAGACACCUGCUUGUGGACGCUCAGGGGAAAAUUCUUAAAAUGAUGGAAGACAACAAACAGCUGGCACAGAGGAUUGAUGGGGCCAUCCAGUCUGCCAGUCAGGAAGUGACCAACCUCCGCUCCGAGCUCUCCGCCACCAGCCGCAGACUGGCAGAGCUGGGUGCCAGCAGCCCCCCUGCUUUAGAGAACCACCACCAGCACAAUCACCACGAUGACAGCCUCCACUACCGGGCAGAUCCAUCAGUGCAUCACAGGCAGAAGACAGUGGUGACAGACAUGUGCUACCCGACAGAGAUAUCCAGCCUGAUGGACUUUGGCACCCCAGACUGCUCGCUAGGCAAAGUGUUGCUGCGUGAGGAGGUGGCCCAGCUUCAAGAGGAGGUCCACCUGCUGAGGCAAAUGAAGGACAUGUUGAGUAAGGACCUAGAGGAGACCCAGGGAGGCUGCUCUGCCAACGUGCUCUCAGCCACCGAGCUCCGUGUGCAGCUGGGUGACAAGGAGCAGGAGCUGGACCGUGCCAAGGAGGCCUUACAAGCCAUGAAAGCUGACCGUAAGCGUCUAAAAGCGGAGAAGGCGGACUUGGUGAGUCAGAUGCAGCAGCUGUACACAACACUGGAGAGCAGAGAAGACCAGCUGCGGGAAUUCAUACGCAACUACGACCAACACCGAAAGGAGAGCGAGGAUGCAGUGAAAGCCCUGGCAAAGGAGAAGGACAUGCUGGAGAGGGAGAAGUGGGACCUGAGGAGGCAGACCAAAGAAGCCACAGAACAGGCCAACAUCCUGCGCUCUCAGAUGGACAUGAAGGAGAACAGGGUCAAAGAACUGGAGGCCGAGCUCACCAUGGCGAAGCAGUCUCUGGCCACCUUGACAAAAGAUGUACCGAAGCGUCACUCAUUGGCCAUGCCCACAGAGCCCGUGGUGAACGGCAGUCAGGAAUGGGUGAUGCAGGCUGACCUGCCGCUCACCGCCGCCAUCCGUCAGAGCCAACAGACCCUCUACCACGGACACACCACUGACAGACAGGCUGUGGUCAGGAUCAGCCCCUGCCACUCUCGCCAGCCCUCUGUCAUCUCCGAUGCUUCAGCAGCCGAUGGAGAUCGCUCGUCCACGCCGAGCGACAUCAACUCACCUCGUCACCGGACCCACUCCCUCUGCAAUUCCAUGGAGGACCUGGAGGACCAGAAGCGUAAGAAGAAGAAGGAGAAGAUGACUCUGGGAUCUUUGUCACGGGUGUUCGCUCGAGGCAAGCAGCGCAAGUCACUGGACCCGGGCCUGUUUGAUGACUCUGACAGCCUCACACAGCAGAGCCUGUCUGAUGGAGAGGAGCAGCUGGACCGCCUCCAGCAGGCAGAGCUCACUCGAAACACAUGCAUGUCGCUGUGGAGGGCAGGUGCAGUCCAGGCCUGGCUUGAGGUUGUCAUGGGAAUGCCCAUGUACAUGCGAGCCUGCUCUGAAAACGUCAAAAGUGGGAAGGUGCUGUUGGGCCUGACGGACGAUGAUUUGGAGCUGGGUCUGGGUAUCACUAACCCCAUUCAUCGCAGGAAACUGAGACUGGCCAUUGAGGAUUACAGGAGAGCUGAAGGAGACCAGGGACUAUCAAAAGCAUCAGAGAUGGACCAUCACUGGGUCGCAACAUCUUGGCUGAGUGACGUGGGGUUACCUCAAUACUCGCAGACCUUCCAGACUCAUUUGGUGGAUGGGCGAGUGCUGAACUCUUUGAGCCGCAGAGACCUGGAGAGAUUCCUAAAUGUCAGCGACCAGUUCCAUCAGACCAGUCUGCUCCUGGCGAUACAGAUCCUGCAGAUACUCGGUUUUGACAAAGAGACCCUCCAGGCACGGCGGGCAAAAUGUGAGCACCAAGACCGAGACCCCGUUGUUUGGACAUGUCACCGAGUAAUGAAGUGGAUCAGAGACAUAGACCUCAAGGAGUAUGCAGAAAAUCUUCAGGGUAAAGGGAUUCAUGGAGCUGUGAUUGCUCUGGACCCGUCCUUUGAUACAGACGCCAUGGCCAAAGCACUGGGGAUCCCGAGCAACAAACACAUGCUGCAUCGGCACCUGUACGAAGAGAUGAAGUCGCUCGCCGUCCCUCAGAGCAAUGCAGAGCAGGGCAGUGAGGUGACCGGCUCCUCUUCGCCUGUGGCUGUUAACCGCUUUGCUGAGGAGAGGGUGUCGAUGAGAAGAUCCGGCAAGAGUCCGCUGAGGUUACGUGCAAACAGCCAGGAGCGAGGUCUGGGCUUCCACGGCAGCUGCGGCUCUCUGCCCAGAGAGGCACGAGUUCAAGCCAUUCCCCGAGCCAAAGGCAGCCCGAUGCACACUUUCAAGAGUGUCGAAAUCACAAACGUCUGA